AUGUUCAGGAACAGGCUUGUUUUGACGUUCACUAGCGUCUUUGAUGGAACAUCGUCAAGUUUCUUCAGUCUCUCCACCCCAGCCUUCAUCAUGCCUGCCUUAUCCAAGAACACCAACGUCCAGGCCGUCGGCUUCCCCAUCGGCUGCAGCGUCAUGGCCAAGCCUGGCCCCAAGGAAGCUGUUGGCUUCCCCAUCGGCUGCACCAUCAUGUAA